AUUGGUUUGACAAAAUAAAACAAAGCAUGUUAUUGACGAGAGGUUUUAAAGUAGUUAACGCGAUGCGGAAGAGACCAUUAUUGUUUAACUCGAUGGUGUACGGUUUCUUCUACACGAGUGCCGAGUUUAUCCGACAGAGUUUCAGUAAGACGUCCAAGUCGACGCAACAGAACAUCGAAGAACAUGAUGAUUUCGCCGGUACUAAGGGGCCUAUAUUGAUGCAGAUACAAGAAAUUUGCGAGAUUUUAGAUCUUGUAGAUGAAAAGAAUGAUGCUGCUGUGCGAUCAACGGUUUAUAACUGGCCGCAGUUGAAGAGAUACGCCGUUUACGGUUGUUUGUUAGCGGGGCCUGUGUUACACGGAUGGUACAAGUGGCUCGACACGUUUUACAGCGGCAAGUCCACGAGGAUCGUGCUGAAGAAGCUCUUUGCGGAUCAAUUUGUCUUUACACCGCCGCUAAUCGUCUUGUUCUUUACUAGUAUGAGUCUGAUGGAAGCCAAGUCGGACAUUCUCAAGGAAUGCAGAAUGAAGUUUUUACACACCUUUCAGACCUCCUGUGGAUUUUGGUUGCCGGUGCAACUUGUGAAUUUUCUGCUAGUUCCGACAUCCUUACGAGUGACAUAUGUCAGCGUUGCCAGUUUCUGCUGGGUCAAUAUCUUGUGUUAUUUAAAGAAUGUGUCAGUCGUCGAAUACAUCGAGGACAAGGAUGAACGGUGAAAUUUCACGUUACGUAUAUAUACAUAUGCAUGUAAAGAAAAAGAAGAUAAUAGUAAAUCCAAGUAAUAUUAAAUAUAA